GUUUACUAUAAAUAUUGAACUCUGAAGUAGAAUUUGUAAGACAGCAACAUUAUCAAACGGUUAUACACCAUGGGUGCUCUUGAUCACAUCUCUGACCUCUUUGACUGCUCUUACCGAAGAAGUUCCAAAUACAAGAAAAAGCGCAAACAAUUCCAGACGGUGGAGGUGAAAGUGAAGAUGGAUUGCGAAGGAUGUGAGAGAAAAGUGAAGAAAUCCGUGGAAGGGAUGAAAGGGGUGACACAAGUGGAAGUUGAACGGAAAGCAAACAAGGUAACCGUUACGGGUUACGUGGAGCCUUCCAAGGUGGUGAAACGAAUCGUGUAUCGAACGGGGAAAACGGCUGAGCUAUGGCCUUAUGUUCCAUACGACGUGGUUGCCCACCCUUAUGCUCCUGGUGUUUACGACAAAAAAGCACCUUCCGGUUACGUUAGAAACGCUUAUGAUCCUAACGUUUCUAGCCUCGCGCGUGCUAGUUCUGCGGAAGUUAGGUAUACUACCGCUUUCAGCGAUGAUAACCCCGCCGCAUGCGCCGUCAUGUGAUUCCUCAGUGACGCCGCAGCUAUCGACAGUAUAUAAUCCUAGGGAAAAUUUGUUGCUAGUUCAACUUUUGUCCUAGGGAAAAUAAUUCUGCAUUGCACUUUCUAGGAAUGAUGAGUUAUUAUAUAUUCCUGCUUUUAAAUUUUCCAGAAUACCAAGUCCAAUUUUUAUAGCAACAAAUUAAAACUACUCAUAUAGUAUAUUUCAUAAGUUCUUAAGUGCAAGAAACCAAAACACAGAGAUGAUGUUUGAGUAAUUGAAUUCAUUAUCAUUAAAUUCUAACUCUGUCAAUCUAAUAGUCAGUUUUUCACAUCAUUUCAAUUUCAUAAUAUGCCUAGUUUACAAAAACAUAUCUCUACUAAGCUAUGUCAGACUCUUUUCGCAUCGGAUGAUUGUAUCCAAACUCUUCCUCGGCUUGACUCAACAAGUCUUGAAACGACGGUUGAUUCAAGUAUGAUACUGGGAUCACAAAACGCUUUAGUUUCUCUCCAACAUACACAGCAACAUAUCCCUUUGGCACCUCUACACCUUUUGAAACUCCUUGUUUUGCAGAAAAUGAUGUGCUUCUGAUGAUACCAGGGAAGCGAAAACCCAUUACUAUAUGUGU